AGGAUUGAAAAAAAUCCCCAAAUUUACGACACAGAACUGAACCCUAACUUUCCACAAACGGAAGUCACAACAGAGAAGAGAAAAGGCGCGCGCUUUCUCCCUCUGGCCCCGUCGGACCCAGCAUUUCGCGGCGGCGCUCUAUUCCUCUCCGCAGCACAUUUUCUGCAGGUUGCUGAAUCUGUUCUCCUCCAUGGCUAACAAAGCUAAAGAAGAGCCUAACACUGCCCCUGCUUCUGAUCGGUGGUACGACAUUGUCCUAGGCCCUUCCUUCAAAGAUGAAUCCUCUAACAAAUACUGCACUCUACGAUAUGAAUUUAAGCCAGCUUCAGUUGAUAAGAGUAAGCCGGGAUUGCUACGCAAGACCAAAGAAAAUAGGGUUUCUGUGGAAUUUCAGAACAACCAAGUAGGAAAACCCAAGGUGACAUUUGAGGGGAGUAGUGAGGAAUACAAGGAAAAUGAUGCUGUACUCUUCUUUGAUGGUCAGACACUUCGGCUGGAGCGGCUUCAUAGGGCUGUAAAGCAAUUGCGGCACCUGCGAAUGCCCGGUGAAUCUGCAGCCGCUGCAACUGCUGCAGUGCCUGCUCCAGCUGGGCCAGCUUCGGAUCCUCGGUUAUCCCCUGUUGGGAAGUCUACAAAACCAGCACCUCCUGUUAGGAACACAUUUCAGGCAGUACCAGUUGAGGUGGAACGAAUUGACAUUGGAGAACCUGAGAAUACUGGCUUCAAAGUUGGUUCUAAGAGGCCAUUCGAAUUUCCAACAGAAGUUACAGAACCACCUAGCAUUUCUGCUACCUCACCAGUUGCCAAAAAUGAUAUUGAGGAACAUCAAGAUAUAGAUAUUGAAGACCUAUUUGGUAGUGCAACACCCGAAGACGAUAAUAAGUCUGAAGAAGAGAAAGAUAAUGUUGGGUUUGACAUGAAUGUCCCGCACACCGACGAUGAGAUUGCCGAUGUGGAUGACAGCGGCGACGAGGUGGACAAAGGACCGAAUGCUGCAGAAGCUCUCCGGGCUCAGGUGAACGCAGAGGGGAGGGACAAGCAGACAUCUAGUUCUAGCAGUAGCAGUGAAAGCGGAACUAGUGAAAGUGGCACCGGUAGCGGAAGUAGUAGUAGCAGUGAUAGUGAUGGCAGUGAAGAAGACUCUGUUACCUCAAUCUGAGAUUUUUAUAACUUGGGGG